GAGAAGGAGUUCGUGACAGACCAGGAAAGGGGCGGGACUUCCGUUGUCAAGGCAAAUGUCCGGAGCUGGAUGUGCGUGCGCUGGGUAGAGAGGAGGAGGAGGAGGAGACGGAGGCGAUCGGCUGCUGUGUUUGUGUAUCCCGGCCAGGUUGCAGAGUCUUGUACUAGAAGACCGACAUCCCUGAUGGGCCAGGAGCACAUAUCUGCCUAAAUACAGUUUCUCUUCAUUGUGCUGACAACCAAAAAGUGAGGCAGGAUGCCCACGGAAAGUGGAAGCUGGUCGACUGCGCGGCAGACCAAACAAAAGCGCAAGUCUAACAGCCUGACGUUAAAACGGACGAACAGCUCAGAGCAAGAGCGGCCCGGUCUGCAGAGGGACUUGCUGGAGGGACAGGAUUCUAAGCUGCCAUCAUCAGUGCGCAAUACACUCAUGGAGCUUUUUGGACAAAUAGAAAGAGAAUUUGAGAACCUAUAUAUUGAGAACUUGGAAUUGCGACGCGAAAUAGACACAUUGAAUGAACGCCUGUCAGUAGAAGGACAGACGAUCGAUGGAGCUGAUUUAAGUAAAGGUCAAAUGAAAACAAAAGCCAGCCACAGUACCAGCCAAUUGUCACAGAAGCUGAAGACCACUUACAAAGCAUCUACUAGCAAGAUAGUUUCCAGUUUCAAGACCACAACUUCUCGGGCGAUCUGCCAGUUGGUGAAAGAGUACGUUGGACACAGAGACGGACUUUGGGAUGUUGGAGUAACACGGACACACCCGGUGGUUCUGGGCACAGCUUCUGCUGAUCACACAGCAUUGCUUUGGAGUAUUGAAACAGGAAAAUGCCUUACCAAGUAUGUCGGCCAUGCUGGAUCAGUGAACUCAAUAAAAUUUCAUCCCACAGAUCAAAUUGCAUUAACAGCAUCUGGGGACCAGACAGCUCACAUCUGGCGCUACGUGGUUCAGUUACCCACUCCACUGCCAACGGCAGACACCAGUCAGAUUUCUGGAGAGGAGGAGGUGGAUUUUUCAGAUAAAGAUGAGGGUGACCCGGAUGGAGAUAUUUCCAAUGAUUGUCCCACUGUCCGAGUUCCCAUCACAUCCCUGAAAAGCCAUCAGGGAGUGGUCAUAGCAGCAGAUUGGCUGGUUGGCGGCAAGCAGGCAGUCACUGCGUCUUGGGACAGGACAGCCAACCUGUAUGAUGUAGAGACAUCUGAGCUGGUCCAUGCUCUAACAGGUCAUGACCAGGAGUUAACCCAUUGCUGUACUCAUCCCACACAACGCCUAGUGGUGACGGCUUCCCGAGACACAACCUUCCGCCUGUGGGAUUUUAGAGACCCAUCAAUACAUUCUGUGAAUGUUUUCCAGGGACACACGGACACCGUGACCUCUGCUGUAUUCACCGUGGGGGACAAUGUGGUGUCAGGAAGUGAUGACCGUACUGUGAAAGUCUGGGAUUUAAAGAACAUGAGAUCACCCAUUGCUACUAUUCGUACGGACUCCGCAGUAAACAGGAUUAGCGUGUCUGUCGGCCAGAGAAUCAUCGCUCUUCCACAUGACAACAGACAGGUUCGGUUAUUUGACAUGUCGGGUGUUCGAUUAGCACGCCUUCCUCGUAGCAACAGACAGGGCCAUCGCAGAAUGGUGUGCUGCACUGUCUGGAGCGAAGAUCACCCGACUUGCAACCUCUUCAGUUGCGGCUUUGAUCGCCAGGCCAUAGGCUGGAACAUAAACAUCCCGGCCCUGCUGCAAGAGAAAUAAUCCCGAGACAACGCACACUUGUGGAUUCUGUGUUUUAACCAUGGACACUUUUCUUUUUGUCGCAGGCACUUAGCCUGCCAUCAUUGUGAGAAGAGAUCCCAGACAUGAGUGCUUUGUAAAUGUGUUGUCUCCCUCAGUCUGUGUGGCGUAUCCGGAGGGAAAUUCUGCUACAACAUGCUCUCUCGUUUUAUCCAUGAUAUCCAUUGUAUC